GACCAGUUCUCGCCUAGGCGUACGGUCUCUCAAUUCACAAACUCCACUUUUUUUAAGCGCUUUACUCUUGCGACAUUUUCUGAGCAUGAAGCUCUUUAUCCCAGAACAGUUUUUUGCAUUAGUUGCAAUUUUGAACAAUGAAAAUUUUUGGGGACCAGUUCUCGCUGCCUUGCGGGGCAAUUUGAAAUCUAAAUUAUCGCUUAGUGCAAGCCUGAGGACCAGUUCCGUCUCAAGUUCUCAAGACCAACUAUUUUUUUCAGCGUUGCGAAUCCAUGUCUCAUCGGUGACGAAAGAGAUUCUAAGCAAGGAUACGGGUUUCCGAUUAGAACUUCGAGGUGAAGUCGAAAUGAAAGGCAAAGGUCGGCUGACGACAUAUUGGCUGAAAGGCUACAAAGACGUCAGCAUUCCGGAUUUUGGACCGGAAUAUCAAUGACG